UUACAAUUAUUAUUAAAGUUUGCGUACGGACAACUGUUAAAAUAAUCACUCGAAUAAUCAUCCGGCGAAUCGCGCGUUAUAAAUACCCGCACCGGUGUCGUUUGCGAACAUUAAGUGUUGUCAUCCUUAAAAAUGACAAUGGGCUAUUUGCUUCGUUCUUUGGUCAUCAUCGCAGUGGCUGUGCAGUAAGUAUAUCCGUCUGUCUUAUUGUAAUUCACGUUAUUUUUUCUGUAUUUUUUUUUUUUUUUUAAACAUUUUGUAUUUGACCGUAUUUACUUCUGGCAAUUUCGGCGUACGGCCAUUUAUGCUAUGGCCGAUGUUCCCAUGGCAAUGUGUUUUUCGCCUAGGUACCGUACAGGUGCUUAAAGUUACGACUGAAAAGACGAUCGUUAAACACUACACUCGGUACAAGAAUGGCCAAUGUCACAUUUAUGAUUUCCGGAAAAUGGGCUUUGAAAUUUUAUUCCCCAUAAGGCUCUGUGUAUUUUAUUAAAUGUACAUUUUUUUGUGUAAUUUUCAAUUUUUACAAAAACUUUUAUUUUUAACUGAUUUUUUCAAAAAAUUGACAUCGAUUCUUCUUGUACCAAGCCACAGACUAUUAUAUUGUUGGCAGGAAACUCGGUCGGUCGGCGUAAAAACAUUUUUUUAAAUAUUUUUUCGAAUAAAUCAAUAUACAGUAUGUCCCAUUCGACGAUUUUUCUAGCACUGUCAAUAUUAAAUUGUUUUCGAUUUUGUUUUUCAAUCGGUUUGCCGUUUUAAUUUCUAGAAAAUAGACGUGAAAACAAUUAAUAUUAAAUAGAAGGUAACGAAAUAUUUACGUACCGAUUAUAAUUCCUCAUCGCAUAAAGUGUUAUUUUAUUGGAUAUUAAUUGGUUUACGCCUAAUUAAACCGGCUAUAAUUAAGAAAUUAUUCAUCGGAUAUGAAUGUGUAAUACAUUAACACAUUUUGAAGAAUAUUUUUUACAAAAUAGCUAUUUCGAACAUUUCUUAAAGUGAAUAAAUAAAAAGCUAUAUAUUUUUUUUUUUUUUGUCUUUAGGGGAUAAAAUUAAAAAAUUUAAUUUUUCUCUAAAUCGAUACCCUUCUCAAAGACAAACCGAUUGAAAAAAAAAAAAACGAAAAAAAUUUAAAAUUACAGCGCUAGAAAAAUCCUUCGAACACGGUGGGACACACUGUAUAUCAUUUGGAAAUUCUAUUGAUUUCAUAAAAUAACACACUUAUUAUAUUUUAUUAUAUAUUUUAUGGUAUUCAACUACUACGUGCGCCGUACGUAUAAAAAAAAAAACAAACGCAUAAAGGAUUAAAAUAUUAUAAUUCUUAGGUUCAUAAUAGACAUUUUUAAAAAUGAUUUUAACGCUUUACACGUAACGCGGACGUAUUUAUUCGAAUUUGGUCUGGUAUCGCGACAUAAUGGAGUAGGUACGUAUAUCGGAUAGCACAAAGUGCAUACAAAUUCACUGUACGACACUGUAGGUAAUGCGCAAUAAUUAUAAUAUUCGUUUAAUUAUUUUUAUCACGCCCCGUACAAUAUUGUGCGUUAAAUUUAUCAUUCAGAAAAUUAAUAUUAAUUAUAUGUGUUUAAUUAACUGUAAAAACAUAAUAUACAAACGCCAGAGGUACGAAUUAUUUUGUUUAUGAACGUGAGAUGCGCUCAUGCGGAUAUGCCUACCUGCCGAGUGUCGAGUACUCGUUUUCACCGUAUUCACUUCACCGUAAGAUAAUCACGAUACAGGUAUAUACAUAUGUAUAUAUAUUAAAUUUGAACGUGAUAAUUAUAUCAAAUUCGUAAGGAGGGAGGGGGCGAAAAAAGGUCAAAAUUAAAAUGGUGUUCGCGUUUUUAUUUUUAAAGUUUUCGCAGCAUCCGACUGGAAAACUCGAAAAUUGACGUUUUAAAAAUACUGUCUGCGUUUCCGUUUUAUAUUAUUAUUAAAUUGCCGUACAAAACUUUCCAAAUGUGUUUAUUGCUUCAAAAAGCGUACUGAACACAGAUUAAAAAAAAAAAAAAAAAAAAAAAAAAAAAAGAGAGAGAAAGAGAGAGAGACUGUAAAACUAAUAUACAAGUAAUUAUAAAAAUAUCGAACAUUCUUCGAAAGUUGGGUAAUUUAUAUUAAAUAUUGAGUGAAUAUAUAGGCAACUUUAUUACGAAACUAAUAAUUGGAAGAAUGCGUUUUAUAGAAGUAUGUAGAGGUAUUAAAUUUGCGAAAAUGUUAUAAACGACGACGUCUCGUAAAACGAAUAAAUAUUUUACAGUCCUUGGAUAUUUAAUAUGAAAUGUUAAAUUGUAAUAAAAUGUUUCAAUUUACUUAGUCGUAUCUACCUAUAUACUGCAGCUUAUACGAACGUGCGUAUAUAAUAUAACGAUACACACUAUUCGUAAACUUUAAAGUACCUACUUGCCUUACCUGUUUUAAAUGCAUUUCUCAAAACGAAUAAACAUUAUGAACCAACAACUGUGUACCUUUGCUCCGGUUUAAAUUUAAAGCGGGCAAAUAAUUCAUACGCGUUUGAAAAUAAAACCGGUAGAUUUUCGCUUGUCACAUAGUUUAUAGGUUAGGAUACUUAUUGAUAAUAAUAGUAUAUUAUACAAUAGUUGAUUUGAUCAUUAUUUAUCUAUCAAAUAUUUUCACUGUUAUGUUUCUUUUCUAGAACAAAAUGUGCAAAUUCAAAACGUUUACUGUAAUGUACAAACAACUGUUAUAUCACAUUUACCGUUACAGGCUUUGCGAUGGAACGUGUUACUGGAGCAAACCCAAACGGAAGUCGGUGGCCUUCAGCAGCUCGUCGUGUUCGGCCAGCAGUUCCAGUUCUACUAGAUUGUCGUCGUCGUCGUCGUCGAAAACAAGCGCGGACCUCACCACGCGACUGCAGAAUAUAGAUGCUGGCUCCGAAGAAGACAGCAGCGAAUACAACAGCGACAGUUGCGAAGAGUUGGACUACAGGGACAUUCAAUCGACGCGAAAACUGAAAAGCCAUUUCGCGCAGAGCCGGGCGCUUUCGAAAAAGUUCGAGAAAAAACUCAAUAAUAUCACCAAAACGGUGUUCAAGAAAAGAGUCGCAGCUCCCUUUGUCGCGAGCAAAGUUCUCGGGGCUGCAGUCGUGGGCCGGUCCACCUACGGCGGAGUUCAAAACGGUUUCCAACAGACCAGUACGGUAUCCAGCACGAGCACGUCGAGUAGCGUGGGCGUCGCCGGAAACGUUUUUCUAUCGGUACCGGUGGGCUACGUCGCGAAUACCGUGCAAACGACAACGACACGUUUGCUAACCGAACAAGAAGCCGUUCGUUUGGGUCUCUUGAGCGCCACGUCGGUAAGUGGCACCCAAACGUAUUCGUCUUCAUACCAGAACGGCGAUGUCGUAUAUGAUUCGUUGGGAAACAUCGUUAGCCGGUCACUCGAUGAUAAAACGGUGGAAAUUGACGAAAACGGAAACGCAAUAGAAUAUUAUCAGAACAGCGAUUCGCAAACGAACGUCGAUGGGUCGUACAAGUUGGAAAAUUUGAAAACAAACGCACAACAGUCAAUAACCAAAAACGACAACGUGCAAUAUCUUAACAACGAUUAUACAACAAAACGCGAUAUUUAUCAAAAAUACCAGAACACGGGUAUCGAAUCUAAUUCAAAUAACGAUUUACAGCGAUCCAAUCAAUAUAGAUCGUUGAAAAAUUAUUUGGCCAAUAAAAAUAACGACGAAUCUUACAAAAAUUAUCAGAAGAUCAUGGCGGACAGAGCGUAUAACUCGAGAAAUAUCAAUACUUCUCAACGAUCUGUUGAUACGAAUUUUAAAACCUCGACGAACAAUAAUAUCGUAGAGAAUAAUAAAAACGAUUACAGUAAUUAUUAUCAAAGUGAUAACAGUAAUCAAAAUAACCAAAAGUUGACGGGUUCUGCAUUAUUUAAAAAUAUUAAAAACGCUCGUAGAUUCAAUCAAUAUUCAGCGAAUAAUAACAAUAAUAAUAAUGUAAAAGAUAACGUAGAUUAUACUAACGAAAGUGGUGUGAAUAAAUUACAGUAUCAGAGUGAUAUCGUUAACAAGAAUAAACAAUUAAAUUACGUUAAUAAGAAUAGUAAUAACUAUCAAACCAACCAAGUGAGUCAAGAUAUUAAAUCGAAAAAAACUCAACAAAUCGAUGCCACAGUCUUUGAUGCAACAUCAAAAUCUGAUCAAUCGGACAAAACCGAUAUUUAUGAAGGCAAAUAUAACGACUAUAAUAGUAAAUCUAAGUUCCAAAGCCUCGAUAAAAAUAAUAUUAAUAGUGUUUACAGUCGCAGUCUCAAUGUAUUAGAUAAGAAAACACAAAACGUGGAUAAGACUUCACUAAAUGUAGAUAAGACUAUAUCGCAAAACACGGAUAAGACUACGUCACACAAAAUAGAUAAUACUACACUAAAUCUGGAUAAGACUACACAAACUGUGGAUAAAACUACGCGGAAUGUAGACAAGACUACUCAAAAGGUGGAUAAAAUUACACAAAAUAUUGGUAAGACUUCUCAAAAUAUGAAAUACACUUCGAGCGAUAACGAUGAUACUGUUGAUAUAGACACGGAAUCGUAUAGUAAUGAUAAUAGAUAUAGCACAAAACAAGACGAAAGUUAUUACAAAAAGUUGCAGAAAUCAUCAAAUAAAAAUACGGUAAAUCUAUCGCAAAAACGAAGCUUAAAUGUGAAAAAUGUCGACAUUAAUGGAAAUAUAAUAACUGACGAACAAGAAAGGGACACGUAUGAAAAAUUAAAUGAAAAUGAUGAAACCAGCAAUACUAACAAUAGCAAAUACGAUACGAAUGAUCAAACCGAAUAUGAAGAGAAUGACAACGACGAGGAAGACUACUCUGAAGAGAAUGUGUCCGUUUACGAAUACUUGAACACAUUCCGCAAGUUCAGAUUUGAUAGUGGUUUAAAUUCUGUGGGUAUAAUAAGAGAGGUUUUAAGUCAAUUGGAUUAUCAGCGUUAUCAACUUAUGGAUGACAUGAUAUAUCCUAUGGAUUCCACUCGUUAUAUCGUAGACGGAGAAGAAUUCGAUUUCAUUUUAGUCGGUGGCGGUAACUCCGGUUCCGUUUUAGCAAACAAGCUGUCCGAGAAUUUCCGUUGGAAAAUAUUGUUAGUCGAAGCAGGCGGAGACGUAUUGCCCAUUACUCAAAUCCCUGGUCUAUGGGACCGUACACUAAACAGUUUUGCAGAUUGGCAGUACACAAUAGAACCGGAUUAUACAACUGGAUUUGGAAUCGACGGCAAUAUGAAAAUACAUAAAGGAAAAUGUUUAGGAGGCAGUAGUACUACGAGUCCACAAAUUUAUCUUAGAGGAAGUGAGCAAAUAUAUAAUUCACUUGUAGAAAAAGGCCUGAAAGAGUGGUCUUAUGAAAAAACGGAAACUUACUUUAAAAAAAUAGAAAAAAUUCGAUCAGUAGUAAAAAGUGAAACGAACACUACUAUAUACGGAGACUCUGGACUAAUGCCCGUAACGAAAUUCCGGAAAACCGAAGUAAAAAUCUUAGAAAAUAUUGUAAGUUCUGGUUUUGAACACAUCGGCUGUAAAAAACAAAUAGACAUCAACGAAAAUAAAGUCGAAAUAGGAUUUGUUUCGAUGCAAGGAACAAUAAAGAACGGCAGAUCUUUCAACACUGCCAAAGCAUAUUUAAGCCCGGUUUACGGUCGCGAAAACUUAAAAGUCAUAAAGAAUAGUAGAGUGACAAAAGUGAUAAUCGAUCAAAUAACAAAUAAGGCUACUGGAGUCGAAAUUAAGACUAGAUUCGGACAAACACUAACUCUUAGCUCUCGCAAGGAAGUUGUGUUAUGUGCCGGUUCUAUUGGUUCGGCUAAAAUAUUAUUGUCCUCGGGUGUCGGGCCCAAAAAGCAUUUAACUGAAAUGAACGUGCCAAUAGUUAAAAAUUUACCGGUAGGUCAAAAAUUCCUGAUUACACCAGUGUUCACAGGCUUCGUCAUUUCGUACGACAAAGAAGUGGUUAGUAGCACGACGGAUGAAGAAGCUGCGUUCAAAUACUUGGCUAGACAUUCGGGACCAUUGAGCUCGCCAAAAGGUAUGAGUUUUGGUGGGUUUUUGAACACUGGCGUAUCUGGUUCUUCGUUCGCCGACAUCGAGGUUCAUCAAUUUUACGUUCCCAAAAACUCGUCUUCGAAAUUGUGCCAGCUAAAAUCGAUUUACGGAUUUAGUGACAAUUUAUUGUCGGCAUACGCCAAACUGAACGACGAACGUCCGAUUUCCAUUUACAGUUUAGCUUUGAUUAACACGAAAAGCACCGGUAGAAUACUGUUGAGGAGUAAAGACUCGACGGACAGUCCCAUUAUCAUUGGCAACAUGCUAACGGACCAAUCCGACGUGAAAACUUUGCUGGAGGGCAUUAAAUUGCUGUCUAAAAUGGAAAACGCCGCCGAAAUGAAACUGGUAAACGCGACUUUGGAAGGUAUCGAUAUCGACGGAUGCGCGCAAUACGACGUAAAGUCCGACGAACACUGGGAGUGUUUGUUGAAGUAUAUGGUGUCAACAACGUCGAGUACAGCAGGGUCCUGUCGUAUAGGAUUAGAGACGGACUCAGAUGCUGUUGUCGACAGCAAAUUGAAUGUGCUUGGUAUUUCCAACUUGCGAGUAGUGGGCCGAUCUGUUUUGCCGAUGAUUACCAGCGCGUACAGUCAAACGCCUAGUAUCGUAAUCGCUGAACGUGCCUACGAUAUAAUAAAGAGUCAAUACGAAUAAUCCGAUUCAUUAAACAUUAUUAUUAUAUACCUAUUUAUGAUUUAAGAUGUUGUAUUAUUAUAAUUAUUGAUAAAACUGUAUUCAUUCGGAAAUCAAAAAAAAAAAAAAACGUUGAGUUUUCUUUCCGAAACAAAGAAAAACAAAAUAAAUAAAAUACUUGGGACAUUAAAAUAUAUUUUAUGAUUUUA